AUGCAUCUUUUCCUCUAUCGCCUCUUCCUCGUCCUCCUGUUCUUCUCCCCCGUCACAGCCAUCGGCACGUCAUGCUUCAAAGUCGUCUCCGCGCUGGUUAGCCGACCGGGUUACCUCUUCGAUAAGUUCCAGAGUGAAAUCUGCGACGUUGGAUGCCAGCCGACUGUCCCUCACUGGGAUCUAUGGACGCGCAACAACACCUUUGUCCCCGCCGUUCGCAGCUUGGUGCAGCGCAUGAAUGUACCCCACAAAGAAGAGACUUUGCUAAAGAUGGGUGACGAUGUUGCGCUAAACAUAAAGGCAAGCUGCGGACGAAUGCUGGGUGGUGGGAUACAUAUCUGCUCUGAUUUGGAGACUCUGGCUGGGUUCGGCAACUGCUUUAAGCGCAAUUUCCUCAAGGCUUCGAUCAAACAUCUUCCUGCUUUGAUUCCAAUGGCCUCGGACGACUUGUGUAAGGAGCAACUUAAGUUCUUGGAGAGUGAUGAACUGUGGGAUACUACGAUCCCUCAGAAUAUGAGGGAUUAUGCGAAAGUUGAUUCGGCAUCCGCCUCUCCGCAAUUCCAUAUGGCGCACGCGACCUUCCUCCGCUCUCUGCGGCCCACCGUCAUCCGUCCCUCCAUCUGGCGCCCGCACCGAUAUGCUCACUCAAGCCAAUUCCAACCCUUUGUGCCACCGUCACCAAGUUCCCUGGGCAAACCAAAAGAAGCAAAGACCUACAAACGAACCAUCAAAUGGUUACGUCGAAUAAUCUACGUCUCACUAGCAACAGGCGUCAUCUACGGCAUCGACAGCCAGUUCUACGCCUCAUCGCUGACCCGGACAGCCCGGACCUUUUCUCUCGGUAUCUUGGUCGCCCUCGACUACAAGAUCAACUUCCGCCCACAGCCCCUACUAGCCAGCUCUAUUGGUGCCGUGCACGCCCGUAACGCAGAGCGGCUGUCGGACCUGUUGAGACAUAAUGGCGGUCUCUAUCUAAAGAUAGGCCAGGCGAUUGCGAUGCAAUCAGCCAUCCUGCCACCUGAGUUCCAGGCAAUGUUCUCCCGCAUGUUUGACGAUGCGCCUCAGAAUGACUGGAAGGAUGUUGAGAAAGUCAUCCGUGAGGAUUUUGGGAAAUCGCCUGAGGAGGUAUUCGGUAUCUCAUUUACGGGUGCCCCUGACAAGGGCAUCAUGGAACGCAAAGCCCGAGCCAGUGCCAGUGUUGCCCAGAUCCACUGGGCUCGUCUGCAGGAUGGAACCGAGGUCGCAAUCAAGAUCCAAAAGCGGGAGAUCGUGCAGCAAUUGGCAUGGGAUCUCUGGGCUUUCAAAGUUGUGACCUAUAUCUACAGCAAGAUGUUCGACAUCCCUUUCUACAGUCUUGUCCCCUAUAUCAGUGAGAGACUGUCGCUCGAAACAGACUUCGUAAAUGAAGCAGACAACUCGGAAAACAUGGCCAAGCUAGUGGCUGCUGAGCCCCGUCUGCGCGAUCGCGUGUAUAUUCCUCGUGUAUACCGCGCAUUGAGCUCGAAGCGUGUCAUGACUGCCGAAUGGGUAGAAGGCGUACGGCUCUGGGACAAAGAUGCCAUCACGCGGCCCUGGCGCGGCGGCUGGGGCCAGGGAAGUCCAGGCUGUCACGGUACACCGCUUGAUCGGCCAGAGGGGAAUUCUGCGGACCGAAACUUGGGUGCGGCGUGGACAAAGCCGGACCGCACUUACUGGCGAGGUCGCAACAACCGCGGUGGACUGGGACUGUCCCUCAAGGACGUCAUGACAACUAUGGUAGAUCUGUUCUCUGCGCAGAUGUUCCUGUGGGGAUAUGUCCACUGCGAUCCGCACCCAGGAAACAUCUUCAUUCGCCGCAAGCCGAACGGACAGGCGGAGCUGGUUCUGAUUGACCACGGGUUGUACAUCCAUAUGGAACCCGGAUUCCGACACGAAUACGCACGGUUCUGGAAAGCCCUCCUCACCUUCGACAAUCGCACGCUGGGCGAGAUUGUCAAGGGCUGGGGCGUGAACAACCCAGACUUCUUCGCGUCAGCAACGUUGAUGCGCCCCUACAAAGGCGGGGACAUGUCUACGCAGCGCGGUCUCAAGGGACUGAGCAAGCGGGAGCGUGCAGAGCGACACUACGAGAUGCAGCAGGGAAUGCGCAAGGCGGUCCGCGAUAUACUAGGCGAUGAAACAAAGUGGCCACAGGAGCUGAUCUUCAUCGGUCGCAAUCUGCGCAUCGUCCAAGGGAAUAAUCAGUUCCUGGGCUCGCCGGUGAACCGUGUUAAGAUUACUGGUAUCUGGGCUUCGCGUGCGCUUAUCGAGUCGCCGGAUCUGCCGCUGGCCGAGAAGAUCCGUAACAUCGGUCGCCAUCUUAUCUUCCGUGUCGUGCUGUUUAGUAGUGAUAUCUUCUUCUAUUUCACCAAGGUGCGCCAGUUCUUGCAUCUGGGUGGUGGUAUGGAGGAUGAUAUAGAGGCUCAGAUGCAGAAUAUGGCUAAGGAUAUAGGGGUUGAGCUUAACCAUAGCGUUUUCGAGGGAUAG